CGGAAUCUCAUCUUGAGCUGCGACCAGGUUCCCGAUACCGGAUAACGGCAUAAGCAAGAUGGAGCAUUGAUGCCAGGAGAUUGGAGCAUCGACAUGGAGUGAUCCUACCACGUUCAACCCAGAGAUUCGGGAAUGGAAGGCAACCCUUCUCCAAGACAUUGUCGGACCGCCAGCGACCAGCCUCGCCAGGGUCUUGCCAGGCGACUUACCCGCUAGAUUUCCAUGGGUCAAUUAGCAGCAAAUUUGAACGUCCCUUGGCUACCGUGACCAGUAUUUAGUCAAGUCUAGGCCUGAGCGUGGCUGAAGCUGUUAUUUGGUGCCGCCGCGCCACAUUCAGGGAUCAUAGCAGUCACAUCAGGAGUCUUGACCUUGGGCGCAAAGCAGCGCGAUUGAGACUGUAGGAGAUUUGCAGCAGGCCGGGCGGGAGUUUGUUCGGUUCUCAAUCAUGCAGCCGACAAUAAUAAUAAUAUGGUUGGUCAGCCGCCGAGGCAGCCUGGCAGCUUGGAAUGUCCCAUUGUCACAUCGAGAUGGCGCCGGCAUUGUCGCUAACCUGGCGGUCUCAGCGGUUCCUCAAGGGGGUUUUAAACUAUAAUAAGCUGAUUCCGGGGCUGAACGCACCCACGUGGAGAUUGCUUGACGUCUAAUCUGGCCAGUUCUUCCAGGUUGUUGAUGAUGUUGACAUUUUGUCCUUUUCAGCUGAAAGCGCCGAGUUAUCGAAUUUUUGCAGUUGCGACCAAAAUCCGGUUGGGAUUCCAAUAGUUCACUCCUCAUUCUCAUUCAAAGGUACGGUAUGUUUGCCUGGAAACCUUUUGAUGGCAGAUUGGCCCUGCACACUUCCAAAAUCAGCCCAAGGCGGACGGGAACUUCCAUAAAUUGAUGCCAUGGCUACGCCGAGAACCCCAAGAACAUAUCUCGCUAACCUGGCGUCUGGGCGUGAACCAAGGUGUCGACCUUCACGCCUCUGGCUGGCAUCUUGCUCUACCCUUCGCUGCCAUCAGGAGCAGCCUUUAUUAGCACUAGAGAGUAAGCCACAGCUGAACAGCCAGCCCGUGUUUCCCUUUGCUCAGUGCGGCCACCUAUCAGCCAAAAGAGCCUAGACCGGACCAGAGCAGAGCAUGUUUAUGGUUCGUCUAGAUAUGUCUAGCUCGAUGUGGAGACGAACAGUAGGUGCCCCUGGGACCAUUGGCUUGGAAAGACAAGGCUUGCUUGCGAUUGACCUGGUUGCCCUGAUUCCCUACCACUGACCAAGUGCCCACGCCACGGCUGAGAUGAGAGACAUGUCUUUUUGGCCCCCCGAAUCCAAUUGAUGUGGUGUGGUGGUUCUAUGUCUGGGCCUGCUAUAUUAAGCAUCUCCAAGACCUUGUUAUCUCAGCUGUGUAAGUUAGGUGGGUUUGGCACUCGUCAAUCCUGUUAUAUUUGCGGUGUAUCUCAAAAGGGGGAACGGCUUAGGGCUUCGCUCUCCGUUUCUAUAUCUGAAUCCGCCGCGGAAGCAAUUCGUCGUCUGCGGCUCUUCAUUUCCAAUUCCUUAAUACUUGCCACUCCGCCCAACGUUCUCGCCCUGGAGAAUGGGACUCCAGGUUGGUAUCGUCGGUGCCGGUGUUGCCGGGUUGAGUGCAGCUAUCGCUUUGAGGAGGAUUGGGCACGAUGUUGAGGUCUUCGAACGAUCUCAGUUUAAGAAUGAGAACGGUGCCGCCGUCUCCCUAACUCCCAAUGGGGGCCGCAUACUGGAGGACUGGGGGUUCGACGCCGUCAAGGCAGGCGGAAUUGAGAACAAGCAGGCCCGUCGCCCAAAGGGAGACACUCUCGAACCAAUGGCUCCUACGAUCGACUUUGGAAAUGUGGAGCAGCUGUACGGCAACAAAUGGCACUUCUACCACCGUGUCGACAUGCACCGACAUCUCAGAGAAAUGGCCGUGGCAGCCGGAGCCACAAUCAGACUCGGCAAGCAGGUCAUGGAUGUGGAUCCUGAGAACGGGAUGAUAGACCUGAGGGAUGGUUCACAGGUCCAAAAAGACCUAGUCGUCGUUGCAGACGGGCAGCAUGACCGAAUCAAUGCGAAGAUCACGGGCAAACAAGUGCCCAUGCAGAGGAGUGGCCAAACAGCAUAUCGAUGUCUGAUACCCAUGAAGGACAUCCUGGCAGAUGAAGAAACCAGAUCCUUGUUUGAGAACCAGCCGCCGGGCUUUUGGGCCCCUGCCCUGCCAGCAAAGGGCGUCAUGGUCGUGUCUUACCCAUGCAGAAACAACGAAGUCCUGAACGUGGUCGCAGUACACCGGAGGCUCGGUCAGCAUGCCACGAGCGACGACGAUGUGUUUAUUGAUGAUUGGAACUUCCCUGCCACCCAUGACGACUUGGAGAAGGUUCUCGAUGGGUUUCAUCCCAGCGUCAAAAAGCUCCUAUUGAAAUCGCCCGAGGUGAAGGUCUACACGCAAAUGAAACGUGAGCCCUUGAGCAAAAUGACCAAAGGCAAGGCUGUCUUGAUCGGCGAUGCGUGUCACCCCAUGCUCCUGACGCACGCCCAGGGCGUCUCUUCCUCGAUCGAGGACGCUGCGGCCUUGGAGGUCUUUCUCGCCGAUGUUCCGGGCUCUGACAGCGUUGAAUCAGCUCCGUCAGAAAAAUUACUCUAUCGGCUUGAACAGUUCGAAAAGUUCCGUCUACCCAGAGUCUGCGCAACCCAGAUCAUGACUGACCCCGUCGUCCCGGGACCACAAGCUGCGGCGAACUAUGCCAAGCAGGAAUCAGAAAUUCGGAAGCACUAUUCGGGUCCUCUGCCGCCGACUGGCUCGAUGCCUCAUAGCCCACCUAUCUGCCAGUUCUUCUUUGGGUACGACGUGAGGAAGGAAGCUAUGACGUUCCUUCUCACUGAAACGCUUGCUUCAACAGAGAGGGCUGCUGACGUUGUGCAGAAGUCCGCCCGGGUGUCUCCUGAGGUUGUCUUGCCCGUAACUACCAGGACGGUAGCUGCGGAUUCUACCGCCAUUGCUGAGAUCCCAGUCUCUCAAAAAGCCAUUGACAUGCCAGCGACCGAUCUUCCAAAAACCGGCCAAAAAUUGGCCUCGGCGCCUCUACCUCCAAUCGAGGAGCAAGUCGAGGUCGAAGCUGACCAGACGAAGAUGGUCGCCGAUGCGGCCGUAUCUCCAACCCAGGUACCGGUGGAGGAGGGGAUCACAGAAUUAUCUAUGCCCACCCAGGACAGAGUCAACACACUGGAGCAAAGACUACACCAUCUCGAACGUAAAUUGGCAGAGAUGGAAGCCAAGAUUGAAAAAUUCAGCGUCCAUGUCUCGACCGUCGAGGUUCACCCCACACCGCCACAGACACCGCCCGCUGCCCAUGACACGCCUCCGGUGUUAAUAUCGAUAUGAUCGGGGGACAACGAACACCUGGACCAUCAUCGACUGACUUAUCUUAUCGCGCGAAGGGAGCAGAACUAUGACAGCAGAAAGAUUCACACCCAGUCUCCCAGUCAUUCUGAAUCGAAUUUUCGUUUGUCUUCCCUACAACCUCUACCUGAAGGGGUCGAACUGCUUGGUACUAUGGAUCUGGAGUACUUAUGCCGUUUGGAGAAAAGAACUGGUGGACUAAGGUGUCGUUGCUCCUAAUCUGGUGUUUGACGGGAGUUGGAGUUUUAUGUUCGAGCUACCGUACCAUCUAAGCAAUAAUAUCUCGGUUUGCAC